GCCAGAAGAAGACGGGCCAGAUGGCCUCGCGGGGCGUGCUCGGCAAGGCCCUGAGCAACGAGCAGAGGCGCCGGGAGGUGCAGCACGCGCAGGGCGCGGUGCUGGACAAUGCCGUGGGCGUCGGCAGGGGCAAGGACAAGAAGUCGGUGCUCGAGCAGAGCAGCCUGGAGGACUUCUGCGCCAUGGCCGACCUGGCAC